AUGGCCCCCAAGGGAAAGAAUAAAGGAAAGGACAAGAAGGGAAAGAAAAAGUCGGUCAAGGUAGCUAGUAGCAAAGAACCAAAAGCCGAGGACGGAAAGGCAUCUUCUGAUAAGAAGGACCCCAACAACAACAAAAAUGAGAAAGGCGCCAAGGGAGGCAAGAAUGCCCCGCAAGAGGGAGCCCAAGGAGGCAGGAAAGGACGUCGCCGCGUGGAUGAACCUCCCGAAGAACAAGUUUACGUGAGCCCAUUUUCCGACGAUCCUGAUGAUGGAUUUGGCUUUGGCGACGAUCAUGCAGCCGAUCUGGCUGAUCUGGAACACAUGUUGAAUGUCGAAGUCGACGAAGAUUUCUUUGUGGAACCACGCUAUUUCCACACAUUACGCCGUGUCAUUAACGUAUUGGGAAUCCAUGUGACAGAUGAUGGCAAAGAAGAUACUGGCAAGUCUGUCUUGGAACGGAAUCCUGCGUAUCAAAAUCUACAAAAACAAGCCAAAGUGGUCGAGGAGGCCAUUGAACACAUGUCUCGGGUCUAUUGUAAUGCCUUGAAUAGAUCCGUUAUUCAAGUUGGGAGGAUUGCACGUGAGUUUGAGGAUGCCAUUGAAAAGGUAGAAUCCUUGAGGCGACAAUUGAGAGUCAUCCAGGACACUAUUGGGGCCAGAAGUAUCGCAAAGAGUCAAAAGUCGGGAGGGAACGCUGGUAAUGAGGACGAAGAUGCAGCUGGAAAUGAGGUGAUGGACAUGACUCCUGCCACACAUAUGAGUCUGAGAGAGCUGUGGAUGAAAAAGUUGGAAUCUGAGGCGCUUCUCUCGUUGAUUGCCAAAGUCAAUGUGGUUCGUGAAGCUCCCGGACGAUUCGACCUCCUCACAUCCACCGUGGGCAAUCAUCACACCUGUCGAAUUGGUGCCGCCACUCAAUGCUUGACGAAUGCCCUGGAAACCAUGUUUUCCGAUGAGAUUAGCCAAGUGGAAGCGCUGAGCUCAAUUCUUGAGAAUCUAAUGCUGCGAAAAUCAACGUGCGAAGAAAUCGUCUGGGAAACAUUGGAAGACAUUCUAUACUUGAGGACAUCAAAUGGUCCCGUUCUCAAACUCAUGAUAACCACCAAUUCCCAGCAGCAGCAACAGCAACAGCAGUCACAGCAGAAGUUGGCUGGAAAUGUGACUGGAGGCACCGGGGCUGCGGACGACGCCACUGUCAUCAAAGACAAUAACAACAAGGACAGCAACAACAACAACAAUAAUGAAAAUGCAGCCAACGUGCCCACAGUCUUCAGAAAGAUCUACAACCCGUUUCAUAAGAACUAUCAACUUUUGUGUGUGGAAGAAACGGACGAUGUCAGCAUCGACAGUCAGGCUUCGGGUGCUUCAGAUGAUGAAGACUGGGAGGAGGACAACCAAAACAGGAAGGACGCAACACACAAACGCGCCACCAGCGAGACCAGUUUCGGAAGUCAUUCUGUAGAUGACGAGGGAAACAAGAAGCACACCAAGAGAAUGAUGAUUCCCAAAGUUAUCAUCGAGUCCGAAUUGGAUCUCACAAAGGAUGAGUUGAGGUGUUUUGACAAGGAUACCAAGGCCGUCUCCAAGCAUAGUAUGUUACAUGAAAACAUGCAGAUGCAAAAGCGGUAUUUGCCUCGCUAUACGGACCCGGUGCUUUCUGUGCGGAUCAUGGUGGAUUGCCUCCUCCAAUUUGGGCAGGGGCAGCUGGCAAAAGCGGAAAAGGUCCUCAUGCCCAAUGUGGAAACCGAGAUCAAGAAUAUCAUCCAUCGAGAACAAGCUCGGACAUACUACCGACUCGAUCGACGCAGACCAACCACCCGGACCAUUCGGGCGUCGGUAAAAGAUGUAAACGAGCUCAAAGACUUUCGUAGACACUUCACAGCGGUCCUGAGCUCACUUGGAUGCAUCAUGAUGAGAUACACACAUUUUGCGCAGUGUGCACGAACAAGAAUUAUGGCUGAUGAGGAGCUGCGUGCCAGCUUCCAAAACCCAUCGCAAUUCUUGCAACCAGUUUUGGACAAGGCAUACAGUGUGAUGCAGUCAGAGUUGAAAAAUUUCUUGAGGGCGUGUCUUCAGGUCACAGAAGGAAGAAAGAUAGUAGCACCCCCAACCGAGCUCGAAAACAAGAACGAGACCAAGAUUUUCUCGUUUGGUGUUCUGGAGGGGGAAGAGGAGGAAGAGAAAGAAGCCGAGGAAGAGGCCAAACCUGAUUCCAAACAAGAUAAGAAACAAGAUGCUAAACAGCAGCAGCAGCAGCCCGAACCUGAACCCGAGCCAAAACCAGAAGAAGAGACCGCGGCGACGGAAUCACCCAAGUUUUCCGAGAUGCCCGCCAGCACUUUCGUUUCCACUGUCUUGUUUCCCAUGACGAACACCAAACCUCAAGUGCAGCAUGCUUUGGUCUUCCGAAGAAGCAUGGACAGAUUCACAAAACUUAAUGAAGAGAGAGCUGAUCAAUUGGCACGCGCUUCUGGAGAAACAGCACAUGCUAUGAGAAGAAAGUCUGAACGUGAAGAACUGGCAAUUGAGUUCCUUGACAGAGCCAUCCAAAACGACGUGAAUCCAGUGGUGCAGCAGAACGCAGUGAGAGGCACGAUUGAGACUUCUGAGUUGCAGGACGCUUUUGAACCACCAGACGAGGCCAACGUUUACGCACGAGCGGACAAAAUCCAACCCUUGGAUGUGGCCAUGGUGGAGGCUUGUGAGGGAAUGCUCGACCACACCGAGCCGCUUUUCAUGGCCAUUCAUCGUCUCCCUCCUGGUGGUGAAAUGUACGAGACCAACGUAUCCGUUUUGGACUUUCUUCACCAGAACAUGCUUCGAGUAGUCGAAGACAAGGUGAAGGAGAUCUGCGACGAGACGACCGCCGACGAGUUGCUUGAGGGUUACGGGGACAACAAAGGGAAGCUUUCGGCUGCAAUUGGGAAACGCGAUGCCUUCAUUGGGCUCUUGAAAGCGUACGAAUUCGACAUGAAUCUACUAGACGCCGCACAGCUCGGCACCGAUGGCGCCAAUGUUGAUUCCAAUGAAAAAGAAUCCCCGGAGAAAGCAAACAAUCCCCUGGCUCGUGGAGAUGGAUUGCCGGAAAAGGGCGUGGAGCGAGAGGAGGCCAUCAUGAAACAAGAAAUCGACCUUCUGGGGGACUAUGGAUAUCUGGACUUCUUGCCCGAUAGACAGGAAUCGCUUGAUUAUGACGUUAUCACAAAGGGUGAACUCAAGAAAGCCACAUGCCUCUCUCACAGUCUAUUGAAGGUCUCCAGCAUCCUCGAGCAGAGGCUGAAAAGCAGAGUGAAGGGAAGCAACAAGCUUCUCGAAGGUACGAGCGAACUGCACGACAAAAUCAAGCAGAUCAAGAAAAUCGGAAUUAGGAUGGCCAAAUUCUGCCACGUCGAAGUGCUGCUGCAGAUAAUUUACAAGAUGGCCCCUGUUUGCAAUAGCACAACACUCUGUGCCCCCGACGCGGUGCGUAUCCCCACGGCCGUCAAUGCCUUGGCGGAAUACAUGACACAAACGAUGGACUACUUGCGUGAAUCGACAAGCAAUGCCAUGGCCGCGUACACGUUCUCCAAUGUGGGGCAGUACCUUCCAGCAUGUUUAAUGUCAACGGUGCGAGUGAUUGCCCAUGGUGAAGGAAUCAUUGACAGGGCCCCGUUGACAAUGCAGGGCAUUGAAUCUCUCGACAGGAGCGCUGCUGUGCUCUACAAAGACUUGAAGGCUGCAACAGGCUUCCAAAGCCAGUUCUUCAACAUUGAACUUACGGCACUUGCAUUCGAACGAGCCGCAACCUUCACUGCCUUGAUGGAAAUGUCCAAAGAAGAGUUGGUGCAAUACUACAGCAAGCAGUCAGAGUCGGAAGAGUUCUCGGAUGACGACUUUGAGCUGAUGUUCAGGAUGGAUGGACCAAGGCGCCGGGGUGAUGAUAAGCAAUUCAAGAGGCUCAAAGCUGCAAUCAAGCAGAACAGGAAAGAAAAGGAGGAGAAGAAGAAGGAGGCUGGCUUGGCAGCCACAACAGCUACCACGUAA